CACCUGCAGCCAGAGCCAUGUCCUGCUACGAUCUGUGCCGUCCCUGUGGGCCGACCCCGCUGGCCAACAGCUGCAACGAGCCCUGUGUCAGGCAGUGCCAGGACUCGCGGGUGGUGAUCCAGCCCUCUCCUGUGGUGGUCACCCUGCCAGGACCCAUCCUCAGCUCCUUCCCCCAGAGCACCGCCGUGGGCUCCACCACCUCUGCCGCUGUGGGCAGCAUCCUGAGUGAGAGUGGGGUGCCCAUCAGCUCCGGGGGCUUUGGCCUCUCUGGCCUUGGGGGUCGCUACUGCGGCAGGCGGUGCCUGCCCUGCUAG